CACUGCAGAAGGCCACAAGUUUAACGCCUACUUGCCAGAGAACCAGGAAAUAGUCAUGAUAUUUUGAUAGGCGACUGGCACUUGAUUUUAGUCAUUGUGAUAUACUUACUUUCUAUUACUUUCGAGGUCGACGGAGUUUGUUGCAGUUAUGGCGUCGUUAUUCAAGAAAAAGACCGUUGAUGAUGUCAUUAAAGAACAGAACAAAGAGCUGCGGGGAACGCAGAGACAGAUCGCCAGAGACCGGACAGCACUGGAAAGACAGGAAAAACAGCUGGAGAUGGAAAUCAAGAAAAUGGCCAAGACCGGGAACAGAGAUGCCUGUAAAGUUUUAGCCAAGCAGCUUGUUCAAGUGAGGAAACAGAAAACACGUUCAUAUGCCGUCAGCUCUAAGGUCACCUCCAUGUCGACACAAACCAAGCUAAUGAACUCCCAAAUGAAGAUGGCUGGAGCCAUGGCUACAACCACCAAAACAAUGCAAGCUGUCAACAAAAAGAUGGAUCCGAAGAAGACAAUGCAGACCCUGCAGGACUUCCAGAAAGAGACUGCAAAGAUGGACAUGACAGAAGAGAUGAUGAAUGACACGCUGGAUGAGAUCUUUGAGGAUUCUGGUGAUGAGGAAGAAUCUCAGGACAUUGUGAAUCAGGUGUUGGAUGAAAUUGGAAUUGAGAUCUCAGGAAAGAUGGCUCAUGCCCCCUCAGCUGCCCGAAAGCAACCAAGUGCCGCUAAAUCCAAAGCAGAUGGGAUAUCAGAUGAGGAGAUUGAGAGACAGCUCAAAGCUCUUGGAGUAGACUAGUGCUCACACACACACACACACACACACACACACACACACCUGGUUACUGCCUGGUAACACACAAACACAUAUAACACUACAUUCAUACUCAUUACAAAUACAUAGACACAGAUGAUGAUGAUACAUGGACCCUCCAAAAGCUUACAGUCACGGACUUGCCUACUCUGGGAUAAUGUGCCACAGAUGGCAAAUGCAAUUUUUUUAUUAUUUAUUUGAGAAUAAGAGAUGACUAUCGAAGUUGAUUGUUACUCUUUGAUGGGAAUCACUGUUUCAUCUGGCUUUAGAAGGACGAAAAUAACAAUAAAAUGUUUGAAUACACACGUUGUAAAUGAAUACAUACAAUGCCUUCCAGACUAAGGCAGAUGCGUUCCCCUGAAAUCUACAGCUUCUGUCUCUAUGAUCCAUGACUCAGAAAAUCACAUUGGUGUAAACCGGUUUGACAGGAGAACUCUACCUCUGUAAACAUAAGAAGUGACAGGGCUGCGUCUUUAGUCUUGCCGUGUUUUGUCUUGUCCUCGCGGUACCUUGCUGUUCUCCCGGAGCAUGACAGAGCCCUUGUGUGAGGCACAUUUUUGGUGUCUGUUCUCACCUUCUGUCUGUUUAUGAAUAGGAAAUGAUUUGGUUUGUCUUCUAGGUUCACUUUGGAUAUUUUGAGUGCGCAUAUUUUAUUCAGCUGCUUUUCAGGGGUGAUGCCAAAUCUUGAAGUGUGUUCCGGUUGAGCACAUUGUUUGAAGAUGGGUGCUCUCCUUCAUUUCUCAUGUCCCUGAGGUCUUGGGUUUACCGUGUGUGUGAUUUUUCUUUUGAGGCUGUUUAAAUGCAUUGAUCAAGACUUCAGAGACACUCGGAAGGUUCCUGUUAAUCGUCAGUUUGUGACCAAAGUAAGGGUUGUGUUUGUAAAUGGCAAGAGAUCGCAGCACUCUGCACUUGAUCUUUGGAUCAUCCACAGAAGUUGUAUUUAGGCUGACGUUGGUUAUGCACUGCAAUAUCAUAAGGAUGUAAAUAAUGUAGGCAUGGAAAGUUGAUUGUUUAAUGUUUAAUAGACAGUGAGAGUUUUGGAUUAUGGGUGAGGUUUUUCCUUCUUAGAAUUUAGUCACUGACAGGAAUUGUUCAAAUUUAAGGGGAUUGUAUACUUCAUUAACCAUGAAUAAAAUUUUUUUUAAUGAUA